AUGUCACCACAGCCAUUUGCCACCUUCAUCGCAAUUGCACUUCCCACCGAAUGCUCCGGCGCCUCUGCUAUUGGCACGGCGACGACCACAAAUGCCGGCGGUCAACCGGUCUACGUCUGUACCGGUCUCAACGCUGCUCCUUCAGUAUCAUUGCAUCACAGCUCGCUGGCUUUGAGUUCGAGUACACCUACUUCUGGCACGAAGACCGGGGCUCCGACUCCAGUCGCAACAUCACCUUCCACGACUCCAACUCCCACGCAGGGCAUGAGCGGCGCGGCUCGGGGUGCCGGCGGUGAUGGUGCUCCCGGACUGUUGGCCCUCGGCUUGCUUGCAUGGCUUGGGACGGCGGCGUACAAGAGCAAAAACAAUGGCGAUAAGAAAAAGCACAGCAGCAGCCACAGCCAUAGCAGCAGCAGCAACACCAACACCACGUGUCUCUCAUGCUGGCUCUGGGCGUUUGCCAAUGUCACGUGGACUGUGCAGCCGCUGAUUGGGGCGGCUAAGCUGAACCUUUCCUUCAUCCUCAACAAGCCCUUCGACGUAACCUUUGCCCAGCAGCCAAAGCCCGAACUCACCUCCCCCCAUGAUGUCCUCGUCGCCAUCAACUAUACUGGCAUCUGCGGCUCCGAUGUUCACUACUGGGAACACGGCCGCAUCGGCUCCUUCGUUCUCACCUCCCCCAUGGUCCUAGGCCACGAGUCGGCAGGGACCAUUGCCGCCGUCGGGUCUGCCGUCAAGACCCUGGCGGUGGGUGACCGCGUUGCGCUUGAACCCGGGACACCGUGCAGACGUUGCGAGCCUUGCCUCAGCGGACACUAUAAUCUGUGUCCCGAGAUGAAAUUCGCUGCUACCCCGCCGUUUGGAGGAACCCUCACGGGAUUCUAUGCCAGCGCCGAGGAUUUCUGCUACAAACUGCCCGAGCAUGUCUCUCUGCAAGAAGGCGCGCUGCUCGAGCCCCUGGCAGUCGCCGUGCACAUCGUCAAGCAGGCCGAGAUCAAGCCCGGGCAAUCCGUGGUCGUGAUGGGUGCCGGCCCCGUCGGUCUCCUCUGCUGCGCUGUCGCGAAAGCCUACGGGGCCUCCACCGUCGUCUCAGUCGACAUCCAGCCCGCGCGUCUCGACUUCGCCAAGUCCUACGUGGCGACGCACACCUUCACACCGUCGCGCGUCUCGGCCGAAGAGAAUGCCGCCAACCUCCUGAAGAGCGCCAACCUCCCCUCAGGCGCCGACGCCGUCAUCGACGCCUCGGGCGCGGAGCCCUCCAUCCAGACCUCCAUCCACACGGUGCGCCGCGGCGGCGUGUACGUGCAGGGCGGCAUGGGCAAGCCGGACAUCACGUUCCCGAUCGUGGAGCUGUGCGUGAAUGAGGUCACGUGCAAGGGCUCCUUCCGCUACGGCAGCGGCGACUACAAGCUGGCGCUGGAUUUUGUGGCCAAGGGCGCCAUCGACGUCCGGCCGCUGAUCUCGCGGACGGUGGAGUUCACGGAUGCGGAGCAGGCUUUUAAGGAUGUGAAGAGUGGGCAGGGGAUUAAGGUGUUGAUCAAGGGGCCGAAUGAGAAAUGA